AUGCCUGAUAAUUAUUAUUUCUUUGGGAGAAUGUGUUAUGCUCUCUUGAUUUCAAGUGAGUAUCUAACAUUGAUUUCAUAUCCGGAUUCAAAAUCAGGUCUUGAUCCAAAACAAGAUUUGAUGGAUAUUUGGAUAAUGAGGGAAUAUGGUGUGUAUAAGUCUUGGUUUAAGAAACACACAAUUGGACGUCUUCCUAUUGAAUCUCCAUUAGGUGCUUGGAAGCAUAACUUAUUGAUUUUUCAGAGUACAACCGGUUAUCUGAUGUUCUAUGAUCUAAAUUCUGGAAAAACGCGGGAAUUUAGUUUAGGUGGUUCUCCGAGAAGCUUGAGAGUUGCUUCUUACAAGGAAAACUUGAAUUCUAUUCCGGGAGGAAGUGAACUUGGUAACCGAGUUCAAAAAUUCUAG